CUCACAGUUGUGUCGACCGUUCUGCUUGCGACUACCUGCUGAAAUAUGAACAGGUUUCUGGUCUUUGUAGGCGCAGCGUUGUUGCUGGUCGUAGCCAUAUUCUCCUCACCAGCGGAGGCUGUAGCUGUAGCAGCACCGCAGUUCGGACACCAUGGACCACCACACCACGGACCACCACAUCAUGGACCACCACAUCAUGGACCACCACACCAUGGACCACCACACCAUGGGCCUCCUCACCAUGGGCCACCACACCAUGGACCUCCUCACCACGGCCCUCCUCACCAUCAUGGCUGAGUGAUUGACCAAUAGCUGCAGUCACAGUGUCAUUCACCUGCAUUUCAACAUUCCGAUGAUCAGAAGUACCUUGCUCAUAGCCACAUAAUUCUUGGCUAGGCAAUACGAUGUAUGUGUACAAAUUGAUUAUUGUUUACAAUAAAUAAUUAUAAAUCAGA